AUGUUCAGACGUUUGGGGUCGUCAUCUUUAUGGAAACCAAAAAAUCCACAUUCUUUAGAAUAUUUAAAGUAUUUGCAUGGGGUGCUUGUAAAAAAUGAGCAAGUCACAGAGAACAAUCGUAAACUACUUGUGGAAUGUUUGAGAGCCAUUGCAGAAAUCUUAAUAUGGGGUGAUCAAAAUGAUGGCACCGUUUUUGAUUUCUUCUUAGAACGACAAAUGCUGUCCUAUUUUCUUUCUAUCAUGAUGCAAAACUGUGGAACUUUCAUAUGCGUUCAAUUAUUACAGACGCUCAAUAUAUUGUUCGAAAAUAUACGUCAUAAGACAUCUCUAUAUUAUUUGCUCAGCAAUAAUCAUGUGAAUUCAAUAAUCACUUAUCGAUUUAAUUUUGAGAACGAGGAGAUUAUGGCUUAUUACAUAUCUUUUCUAAAAACGCUUUCCUUCAAACUCAAUGAAUAUACUAUACAUUUCUUUUUUAAUGAAGCUAGUCAAGAAUUUCCUCUUUAUACAGAAGUUGUCAGAUUCCAAAGUCAUAGCGAAGCAAUGGUACGCAUUGCCGUACGAACUACUACAUUAAAUAUAUACAAAGUGAAAGACGAAGCAAUGCGGGAUUUUGUUCGUGCCCGUUCUCGUGCUUAUUUUUGUGCAUUGAAUGAUUUAAUUGCUAAGCAGUCUAUAGAGAUUGACCACUUUGCUCGAUCGGCUGAAAAUGAAUCUAGCAACAGAGGAAAGCUUGAUUCUAUGAUUGAUGAUUACUUAGAUUAUAUUCAUUAUCUUAGUGACAUUUUAUUCAUUAAGGAUGAAAAACUAUCUACACUCCUUAUUGAAAUUAUUUUUGAAAGAUUGUUGGGAUCUCUUUACCUUUCAUCUCUUGGAGGUGUUCGUUUGCAUCCUUCCACUGCUACACUGGCACCUAUCUCUGCUUUAUUUUUUUUGACGCAGUUUUUGCUUAUCAUUGAUGAUUGGCAGGCAGUUCAAACUCUUCUGUCAUUGUUUUUCUUUGGUGACAGUUCCGACUUGAGUUAUCAGUGGGUGCGUAGUCAACCAGCAGAGUGGGUUCUUGUGAAAGUAAAGGCUAUUAACGUUGAGCUUAGAGCGUUCUAUGUUGGAUUUAUAAAUGCACUGAUUUGUUCCAAAAAUGAUCACUCAGCUUUUUUUGGACUUAUUUUCAUUUAUGCCAUUUGCCAAAACAAAGGAGCAGGAAAAGAAAUUUUAGAAGCUGUGAAGACCUCUUUUGAUGUUGUUGACUAUUCUGAUUGCGGUCUUCUCGACAAAUUACUCGAUAUCAUAUCCAAAAGUGCCGAAGAAGAUGCAAUCAUUCGCACUAUAACUGUUGAAUUAUGUUCUAUUGUUAUCAGACAGCUAAUAUUAGCCUUGGAUGCAUCGAUAGAUGUUCAGGUGAAAUGUGAAAGGAGGAUAGAAAAAGUGAUAAAAAAAGUCGUAGACAUGCUCAUACCGUUUGCUUAUUCAGAAGAAUUAUUCAUGGAGAUGUUUGAAGAUGAAUUUUACAAUUUGGAGGUGGGCCCUAUAAAGAAUAAGAUCAAAGUUAGAAGUAUAAGUACUGAUUCGUCGCUAUUGCUUCCUUCUCCCACUACUCCAAUGAGUGGAAUACCACUGAAUAGGCGUCUUCCAUGUGGCAAUGAAGAAAAAAUCCGAAAAAACAUUCAACUGUUUUAUCAUCUGAGACGUUUUGUGUUAGAUUUGCGUGAUGAAGAGGAAACACAUUUUCCACUGACUUCGAAAACUGAUGUCGUGGUUGAAGUAAAUGAUUGUAUUAACUUAGAAAAUAGCGAUUUGCUUGCAUGCUCAGUUGCUUUCUAUGGAAAACCUGAGAAAGUUCAUCGAUUUCUUGUUACGGACCAAGCACAACUGAUACUCGUAGAACCGGAUAACAAACGCAUGGGGUGGGCCGUUGUUCGUUUCGUUGGCCUUUUACAGGAUACACAAUUGACAGGUGACCUCGAUGACUGUCGAGCUCUUAAUAUUGUUGUUAAUGAUGUAAAUAACCGUUCUAGAAAAGGUGGUGCAGUUUAUUUUAGUGCAAAACUUAUAUUUGAUGAUCAUAUUCGAUGUAUGGCAGCCAAACAACGCCUCACAAAGGGUAGACAGAGAGCAAGACAAUGUAAAUUGGAUCAGAUUUGUGAUUUACUCGGGAUUGCGCGUAAGACUUUGUUUAAGGAUAAUAAAAAUCCGUUUCGAAUAGUUAAAGGCUGUUUACCUGGAUCACUGCGCAAGCAUCCACAAGUAAAUAGCUCUUACAGUAGUACAAAGUCGUCAACUGGUUCUUUGAACAAUGUUCCAGAUGAUCCUGAACACGCCAACAAUUCCGCAACAAGUAGAAACUGGAAAGUAGAAGAUGUUUAA